GGCCUCAGUGACUGUGUCACUGUUGGGUCUGAAAGCAGGAUGGCUGCAGCAAAGAUUGCGUUGCUGCUGGUAGCAGCGAUCGGCUGCAGUGCAGCACCGGCUCCAGAGGAGUGCCAGGGUCUGGCCAAACGGCUGCCCAGUAAAAACCUGCAUAAGAUUUAUGGCGAAUGGGUUCUGAUCUGGUCCGUUACUGACUUUCACACUGGCCAAUAUUUACUGGGGAACUUAACCAGUUCCCACGUUGAGUACAAACUCCUUGCUGACAACAAAACAAUCGAGUACAUCGAGAGGAACAAAUUCUCCGAUUCCUGCACCAUCUACUUUAUGAACUUGACGAUUCCCUCUGACGACGCCGAACAUCACACACUGGCCACUCAGUCAGUCAGAGUGGAGAAGAACGGAGUGGAAAUCAACUUCAACGAAACCGGAAAUGUUGAAUUCUACGAGAGCUGCGACGACUGUCUGCUGAUGACCUACAAAUCUCCAACGAUGAAUUUCCUGCUUAGCUACAGGAGGGAGGGUUCGCACCAGGAUGUGAAGCAACACCAAGCCGACCACGAUGACCUCAAGAAAAUGGCCGAGUGUCUGGGAGUCCCACACGACAAACCGUACACCUACGACGGAGUGGCAGAUUUCUGUCACAAGAAGUCAGCUCCAGAAGCAAUCCAGUCCUGAGUGGAGCGACGAGGAAGAGUCAACUUCCAUGAAGAAAGAACCAUUAAAUCACAUUAAAAACUAUUAAAAAGGCUCCAAAUAUCAAUUUAACAGUUUUUGUUGGUUGCUAAAUUUUACAAAAGGUGGACAGCUGCAAAUGUUUUUUGUUUUUGCUUACAUUCAGUUUUUUUUCUCGGCUCUUUCUGUGAAACUAACCUGAAACUCAUCAGUAAAACCUCAUCCUUCAUUUGGCAGCAGUGGAGGCUCAAAAUGUAAACUGGAAAAAAAUAAAUAAAUAAGUGUUGAAAGCAGCUGUUAAUUCUUAAAUAAAGAUUUUAAUUUGG